CAGGCCAGGUUCCGGUAUGUUGCUUGCCAGAUCAAGGAGCUCGAGGACUGCCUUGACCCUACUGCAUUGAGCGAAGCACUAGAAAAUCUACCAAAGGAUCUAAAUGAGACAUAUGCAAGGAUCCUCGCGCGCAUGCCGGACCAUUAUGAAGCAAACACUAUAUGUGUACUACAGUUCCUUCUCUACAGCCCAAAGCCGUUGUCAAUUGAGGAGCUGGUCGAUGCUGUCGCUGUACGAGUAGAUGAG